CUGCACAGAUAACAAGAACUACAAGGGAUGGGAAAACCAAGCCAAGUGAACCAAACUGUUGUUUCAGACUUCCUUCUUCUAGGACUCUCUGAGCAGCUCAAGGAGCAGCCCAUUCUGUUCAGCAUCUUCCUGGGCAUGUACCUGAUCACUGUGGUGGGGAACCUGCUCAUCAUCCUGGCCAUCAGCUCUGACCCACAUCUACAUACUCCCAUGUACUUCUUUUUGGCCAAUCUGUCAUUAACUGAUGCCUGUUUCACUUCUGCCUCAAUUCCCAAAAUGCUGGCCAACAUUCAUACUCAGAGUCAGACCAUUUCCUAUUCAGGGUGUCUUACACAGCUGUACUUCCUCCUUAUGUUUGGUGGCCUUGACAACUGCCUCUUGGCUGUGAUGGCCUAUGAUCGCUAUCUGGCCAUCUGCCAGCCACUCCAUUACAGCAAAGCUAUGAGUCCUCACCUCUGUGCAUUAAUGUUGUGUACGUGCUGGGUGCUAACCAACUUCCCUGCCCUGAUGCACACACUGUUGCUGACCCGUGUGGUUUUCUGUGCCCAGAUGGCCAUCCCCCAUUUCUACUGUGAUCCCAGUGCUUUACUGAGGCUUGCCUGCUCCGAUACCCACAUUAAUGAGCUGAUGAUCGUCACCAUGUGCUUGAUGUUCCUUGCUGUUCCUCUCAUGCUGAUUGUGUUCUCCUAUGUCCACAUUUUCCUGGCUGUGUUGGGCAUCUCAUCCACUGGAGGACAAUGGAAGGCCUUCUCUACCUGUGGUUCUCAUCUCUUGGUGGUUCUGCUGUUCUAUGGGUCUCUUAUGGGGGUGUAUUUACUUCCCCCGUCAACUCAUUCUACAGGGAGGGAAAGUAGGGCUGCUGUUCUCUAUAUGGUCAUUAUUCCCAUGCUAAACCCAUUCAUCUAUAGCUUGAGGAAUAGAGACAUGAAGGAGGCUUUGGGAAAACUUUUUGGCAGUGGAAAAGCAUUCUUCCUACUGCAACUAUGA